CUUUCUUUUAUUUCCCUUUUUGCUUCUCCACUCUACUCUUUCCACUUUUCUCCUUCUUCUCCAUUUCUCAUUUCCCUUUAUUUGUUCAUUUCUUCUUUCUGUCUCAUUCGUGUCUGUCCCUUUAUUUUUAUUUUUUCUGUGUCGCACCAAGUAGACAUUAAAUUGCUAAAUUUCCCUGUCGAACGCGCCCCCCUCAACACGCCUUUCUCCACCCAUUUUAAACGAGCUGCAUCUAUCCUAUUUUACUUUUUUAUAACAUCCAACCAUGUCUUUGCCCCCUCCUCCUCGCAGGAUACCAUCUGUAUCAUCAAACGCCACCACAAGGCGCCCAAAAGUUAAUCCCAAUUCCUUGGCCUUGACCACCCUGGAUCAACAUCAGGAGGUCGACGAUCAAAAUGUCGACAAAGCCCUGCUUGAACUCUUGUCAAAUACAUGUCUUGACCAUGGGCAGGACCGAGAUUAUAUUCGACAACACUUCUCCAACCAUUAUCACCAUCCCCAAUGUAAGUUCUAUACGCGCCGACGCAGCAUUACUAGUGACUCGAGUCUCGGCUCUGGUUCCGAGAUCUAUUCCACCUCCACAGGAGGCUCCCAAGAAAAUCAAAGAACAAGUCAAGCAACCCAUUCUCCUCUCUUCCCAGAGCUGAGUGCUGAGCCCAUACCAGCUGCCUCCCCUUUACUUGCAACAUCUCCCAUGUAUUUUAAUAGUAGCAAUAACAACCACAACGCAGUUUCAUUUUCGACAGGGCCAUGUCUGUCCUGCCAGUCAUAUUCUUGCCCUUCUAUAAUAGCUCAGGAGGAAAAGAAGGGCAAGGAUGGAGUAGAAAAGACAGCGACCACACUGUUUUGUCCUAGGGGGAGUAGUGAGGUUGGUAUGGAAGGGACAGCCCCGUUCUCAUCCUCAUGCAGUUACUGCUCCAGUCUAAUUGCGAGAAGUAAUAGUAGCACAAGCAUGAUGAUGACGGAUGACAGUCGCAGUACAAGUGAUAUGAGCGUGGUGAGUACUCUGCAUGCACAUGGCCUCCAACACUUAUUAUUCGAUGACCAACGGCUAAAGCAUCUCCGAACUCUUGUCCCGAGCGAAGUGCGACGACGGCUGAGUUUCCAUCUGGAUGAGUGCUGGUUUGUACACUUUUCACCUUCGGCUGAAUAUAUGGCCUCUAUUGGUCUCGAUCAUACAAUCAAUCUCUGGAAAGACUUGACGACUCCAGAUCCAAGCGUGUACAAAACAUUCAGCUUCCCUAGAACAGCGACACAUGUGGAAUGGUCUCCUGACAGUAAAUACGUUCUCGCGAAUUUUGGUAAUGAUAUCUUUCGACCGGAGCUAAUCCCAGAAGUGAAUCUCAUUGACGUUGAGAACGGCGAAAUCCUGAUCAAAAGGAGUUAUAAGAAUGACUUUGGGUACGUUUGGGCAAACGCCAUCGGCUGGUUCUCCGAUUCUGAACGUUUUGUUACUGCCCUUGACGAUGGUCUCUAUUGCAUCUGGAAUGUGAAUGGGGAAAUGGUCAAAGAAUAUGCCAUGGAUAAUGAUCUUACUGCGAGACAUAUGAAAAUGAUUCCAGGAAGGGAUGAGGCUGUCAUCUUGACUAAGGCACAUACUAUAGAGAUCAUCUCAUUUGAGGAGACUGUGAUUGCGAGGAGACUUGACAGCUCUAUUUCGAUCACUAUGUCAAUGACAAUUUCUCCAGAUGGGUCCUAUAUGGCGCUUGGGUCAAAGACUGACAAGGAGCUUCUUCGCCCAGCACAGAUUUUGCUUUAUGAUCUCAGAUCCAUGACAUUCAUGAGAUCAUUUGAGGCUGACUCAUAUAUGAAUCAGACAUUUGUGAUUAUCCCAGCCUUUGUCGGACCUAACCAGGAACUUUUAUGCGCAGGAUCUGAGAAUGGCAAGUUGCAUUUCUGGGAUAUCGAGUCAGGAGAGCUUGUGGAAGUAUUGGAGGAGCACAUGAUGCAUGCAGGAUGCGUGAGCGUCAAUCCGAAGUAUCCAGGCAUGAUUUCCUCCUGUAGCGAUGAUAAUACCAUCAUUAUUUGGGCAACAAAGGAGCUGCAGCUCGAGUUUCGAGAGGAUGAUGAAAAGUGGAUUCAGGAGCAUUCAGCCAUUGCCAUGCCAGCCAUUGAGAUCAAGAAGGGAUGGUAAAGCAAGCGCCUAUCUUGAGAGCGUCCCUUCAUGUCUUGCCGUCUUGCCAUGAGC